GUGCUAGUGGCAAACGGAAAGAAAUGCGAUCAUUGACAAGCUGUAUAUCGGUGUCCGACCUCCGGGACUCGUUUAGUGUCAUUACAUCUACAGAUUGUUAGAAGGCAGAGACUAGGAUACAAUCAGUGGGAAAUCUGGAUUUGGAAAUCUGGAACUGGACAUUAAACACACUCGAGCGAAGAAACACUCACUGAAGUUUUGUCUAAGGUGAAGAACGUGUGGAUGCUAUAAACCUGCAAUAUUAACUCAAACGUUCCAAGAGGAGAACACCGGGUUAGUCUAUCAAAGAAUGACCAUCAGAGGGACCUGAAGAACAACGACCAUCACCAAGACUUUAUAGUCGUGUUUUCCUUAUAUUUUAUAUUCGGUACAUAUAUCACUGGGCAGCUGACAUUAUGUUGUUGAUGUUCUUAAAUGUCUGUUUCUAAUUACUAAAAUGACGAGGCACAUGUGGUUCUCAUUACCUUAUGCUUCCAAGAAGACCUUUAGGGGGACUAGCGUGGCUAACUCAAGUGGCAUCUUCUCUGGCUUAUAUGGCUUCUCCAACUUCUCAUCUCUUUUCAAUGGGGACUUGAACAUUGACGACAUUGGGGAUUUUGAGAACAACACAAAAUAUGAAGCCGAGUCACAGAGCUCCACUGUGAAAGCUCUGCUGAUUGUCGCCUACUCGGUCAUAAUUGUGAUCUCUCUGUUUGGGAAUAUUCUGGUCUGUCACGUUGUUAUCAAGAACAAGAGAAUACAGUCAGCUACCAACUUUUUUAUUGUCAACCUUGCUGUGGCAGAUAUCAUGAUCACCCUUCUCAACACCCCCUUCACAUUGGUUCGAUUUGUGAGCAGUACAUGGGUUUUUGGAAAAAUGAUGUGCCAUGUGAGCCGCUUUGUCCAAUAUUGUUCUGUUCAUGUUUCAGUGCUGACUCUCACUGCAAUUGCUUUAGACAGACAUCAGGUAAUCAUGCACCCACUUAAGCCAAGGAUGUCUGCGGUAAAAGGCAUUAUCUGCAUUGUAGUCAUCUGGUUCAUGGCAAGUGGAUUCUCUUUGCCACAUGCUAUUUAUCAGAAGCUAGAACAGUUUUACAUUGGGAACACCGUGCGCAUGGUCUGCCUCCCCAGUUUCCCCUAUCCUGCUGAUCUCUUCUGGAAGUAUCUGGACUUAGCAACCUUUGUACUCUUGUAUGUGUUGCCACUAAUUGUUAUUUCAAUUACCUGUACCAUGGUGGCAAAGAAGCUCUGGCUAAGAAAUGCCAUUGGGGAUAUUACCAUGGAGCAAUAUUAUGCCCACAGGCGUAAGAAAAAGAUGACUCUCAAGAUGUUGAUGCUAGUGGUUGUGAUUUUUGCAGUUUGUUGGUUCCCUUUAAAUUGCUAUUUGGUACUUAUGUCAAGUAAAGUCAUCAACAGCAACAAUGCCCUAUACUUUGCUUUCCACUGGUUUGCCAUGAGCAGCACCUGCUACAAUCCAUUUAUCUACUGUUGGUUGAAUGAAAGUUUUCGCUCAGAGCUCAAAGCCCUGCUGUGUGUUUGCAGGAGGAGAAGCCCAGCACAGACUCAUGCUCUCCAAUCUAUCUCGCCUGCAUUCCGACAUGCCUGGACUAAACAAUGUAGCUAUAAGAAAGGUAAUAGCUCACAAACUGCUGGAUCUGCAGCUAAUGCUAACUCAGGGAGGACUGAUAUCUGCAGUGUAGAGCCGAUUGUUACAGUGAACUGAAGGUGUGCAAGUGCUGACAGGGUAUCUAUUUUUAUAUAAGUGAAUGGACAUUUAGUGCUGGUUCACCUCCAUCAAAAAGGAUAAAAUAACAAGACUUACAAUAAAAUAGUUCAUUAUAACUAAAGUGUUCACAUUGUUUACAGUAGAAAGGGCAUCCUUCGAAGGAUCUGUUUGGAGCAGUUAUUUCCUGAAUUUUCGAUUGUAAUCUAUCUACUAUUGUAAAGGGCUGUACACAAAUGGGGCUAUAAUAAUAAAGAUUCCAAAAUACAAAGUUGUUAGAGCAGGAAU